AUGAAAUUCUUCUCCGUGUCAACUUUGCUUCCAUUAGCGCUCCUCGCGGGCAAGACUCUCUGUUGGCUGCGCCCAACACACCUUCGGCACAACAUCGUCCACUGGUACGACCCCGACGACGGUCAAAUCUGCGACCCUCACGACUGCGGCGGUGGCCGCGCCCCCCCUAGAAAAGAUGUUCCCGGUUGCGCUUUCUACACCGGCACCGAAACCCUCAGGACAGAGGCUUCCUACAUGCCGUGCUUCACCUCUGGGAAGCUUGUCCUCACCACGGAGGAGCCGACUCCUACUGGGAGUAGCUCAGUUCCUUUGGUGACGACAUUGACGACUUCUACAUCGGCGGUGAUUACUGAUCGGCCGAGUGUGGGGGAUGAGGAGGAGGAGAUUACUACUCCGACUACGACGACGGCGACGGGGAAUGGUGGGAGUGUUGUCGGGGCUGGUGGUUCACUGGUGCGGGUCUUUGCUGGGGCGGUGUUUGGCGUUAUUGCGUUUGUUUAAGGGGGGGUGGCUGACAGUGACGGAACUGAGUGGGCAAGGAAGAUGAAGAUGCUCU